CGGCCCCGGUCCCUCGGCCCGGGCUGUGAGAUGGAUCUGUAACCGGUGUCCGCUUUGCACCCGGGGCGAAGGCGGCUCGGGCUCCGUUUUUGUGAUUCUGAUUUGUGGCUCCAAACAGACAACCUGUCUUCACAGGGUUCGGUCACUUCUCAUUGCUUAUAGCAGGCUGGUCCACUAUUGGAGAUGUUCAACCUCCUAUGUGCGUGUUACUCUGGUCCUUGGGCCACUGCCACAGGAUUAUCUAAGAGCUGAUUAUGUAGAACCCCAAGGCCUGUUGGGGGAAGGGACUUGCUGGAGAUCUUCAUUUUUUUAGAUGCACUAGGUGUGGGCUGGUGCCCACCCCAACCUACAGUGACCAUGGAUCCUGGAGCUGGGUCUGAGUCAUCUCUGACUGUCAAUGAGCAGGUCAUCGUGAUGUCAGGCCAUGAGACCAUCCGAGUGCUGGAAGUUGGAGUGGAUGCCCAGCUCCCGGCUGAGGAAGAGGGGAAAGGACUGGAGGGUGUGGCUACCGAGGGCUCCCAGAACCAAGACCCUGCUGAAGCCAGAGAAAACACUGGUGAAGCUGGGCCAAACAACCCAGACCCCCCUACAGAUGCAGCUGUGAAAUCACUCCCGGGAAUCCCUCCGAGUCCUGCCCCUGCCAUUGCCACCUUCAGCCAAGCCCAAACCCAGCCUCAGGCAUCACAGACCCUGACGCCACUGGCUCUACAAGCUGCCCCCCAGGUCUUGACUCAGGAAAACUUAGCCACAGUUCUGACAGGAGUUAUGGUUCCAGCAGGGGCAGUUACUCAACCUCUUCUUAUCCCCAUCAGUAUUGCAGGUCAAGUGGCUGGGCAGCAGGGGCUGGCCGUGUGGACAAUUCCUACAGCAACUGUGGCUGCCCUCCCAGGACUGACCGCUGCUUCUCCUCCGGGGGGAAUUUUCAAGCCACCUUUAGCCAGUCUCCAAGCAACUGCUGUGCUGAACACCGCCCUUCCGGCACCUGUACAAGCUGCCCCACCAAUCCAGGCUGCUUCACCAGCCCAGCCCCGGCCACCAGCCCAGCCCCAGACGUUGUUCCAGACCCAGCCGCUGCUACAGACCACGCCUGCCAUCAUACCACAGCCCACUGCUGCCACUGCUGCUGCCCCUCCCCCCAAGCCAGUGGAUACCACCCCACAGAUCACCGUCCAGCCUGCAGGCUUUGCAUUUAGCCCAGGAAUCAUCAGUGCUGCUUCCCUUGGGGGACAGACCCAGAUCCUGGGCUCCCUCACUACAACUCCGGUCAUUACCAACACCAUUCCCGGCAUGCCAGGGAUCAGCAGUCAGAUCCUCACCAAUGCUCAGGGACAGGUUAUUGGAACACUUCCAUGGGUGGUGAAUUCAGCUAGUGUGGCAGCUUCAGCACCAGCUCAAAGCCUGCAGGUCCAGGCUGUGACCCCUCAACUGUUGUUAAAUGCCCAGGGCCAGGUGAUUGCGACUCUGGCUAGCAGCCCCCUGCCUCCACCUGUGACUGUCCGGAAGCCAAGCACGCCAGAGUCCCCAGCAAAGAGUGAGGUGCAGCCCAUCCAGCCCUCACCAGCUGUACCCCAGCCUGCUGUGGUCAUUGCUAGUCCCGCCCCAGCAGCCAAGCCAUCUGCCUCUGCUCCUAUCCCCAUCACCUGCUCAGAGACUCCUACAGUCAGCCAGUUGGUGUCUAAGCCGCAUACUCCCAGUCUAGAUGAGGACGGGAUCAACUUGGAAGAGAUCCGGGAGUUUGCCAAGAACUUUAAGAUCCGGCGGCUCUCCCUGGGCCUUACACAGACUCAAGUGGGCCAGGCUCUGACUGCAACAGAAGGACCAGCCUACAGCCAGUCUGCCAUCUGUCGGUUUGAGAAGCUGGAUAUCACACCCAAGAGUGCUCAGAAGCUGAAACCAGUGCUGGAGAAGUGGCUGAACGAGGCUGAACUUCGGAACCAGGAAGGCCAGCAGAAUCUGAUGGAAUUUGUGGGAGGUGAGCCCUCCAAGAAACGCAAACGCCGCACCUCCUUCACUCCACAGGCCAUCGAGGCUCUCAAUGCCUAUUUUGAGAAGAACCCACUGCCCACUGGCCAGGAGAUCACAGAGAUUGCUAAGGAGCUCAACUAUGACCGAGAGGUAGUGCGGGUCUGGUUCUGUAACCGGCGCCAGACACUCAAGAACACCAGCAAGCUGAACGUCUUUCAGAUUCCCUAGGGCUCAGCCCCCAGCCCUGUGUUUCAGCACUUUGUACUCCCCUCAGCACCCAGCUGUUGUCACUGCCCUGACAGUCCUACGUGCAGCUGUGCUGGCCCUAGGUCAUGAGCCUCACCACGUGCAUGUGUGUCAGUGCCUCCCUCUUCUCCCCCAACAUCUCUCACACCCUGGGAGGCAGAGAGACAGGGCCACAUGAGAGCCCCAGGCUCUGGGCUCUAGGCACUCUGAAGGAGGGUAUUUGUGGUGUCUCUUGGAGAAGCACUUUGUAGACAUGGUUUCCGAAGGGCAAAUUCUAUGUCCCACCUUUGGGGCAGGGCUGUAGUACCUCCUGGGGUCCACUGGCAUUAGCUCUUGUUUUUGAUGACAUUCUCUUUCUACGCACCUACCCUUUCUCCUUUGCUGCUCCUUUGUGCUACUGUGGCAGCUAAAACAAUUCAUCCAGCCUCACACUGCCCUCUCCUACUUUGCAUACAGUUAUACUAAACCCCUCGAAGAACCCAAGAGAUGCAUUUAUCAAAGUGUAGAAGGUCAGAAGGUUUCCAAAGCUUGGGACAGAACAUGAGUCCCUCUUGUGGUUCAUUUGAUGGAGGAGAUGACAUUACAAUAGAAUCUUUUUCUUGUGUAAUCCAUGUUGGAAGGAAGCAAGCAGUGAACUUUACCUGCUGCCUGGGUCUGCUGCUGUCCUGAAAUUUCGUAAUGAUAAGCCCAUCCUUCCAGAUUUUAAUCUAAUCUCUGCCCAUGGCCAUCUGCCCACACAAAAAAAGAGUUUGAGUUGGAAAACAUUACCCUAGUUAAGCAAGCAAGCAAUCUUGGAGGAAAAAAAAAAUGAGGAAAAGAAUGCUUUCUCUCUAUCAUUAUUCUCAUACCCAACUGGGAAUGAAUACUGGGAACUUUAAACAGACAACAAGGCACUAAGGGAAGGUUAACAAUCCAGGAAGCAUGGAUGGCAGCCUGAGGAAGUCUUGUGUAAAAGCUGACUUAAGCAUAAUGUUCUUUGUAAUUUUAAACCUUGGGGACGGAAGAAAUCUCACUUGAUGCAGAGUCAUAGACCAUGUGUGUAAGCAGUCUCCUCCCCACUCACCAUCCCCCCUCAGAAAGCUCCAGAGUAGAAAGGGUUUUCCUCUAGAGGGAGAAGCCAUGGCAGAGAGUUGGGCAUUGCAUCCAACCUGAGUUUCCAGCCUCACUAUGGCUAGGCAGCUUUUUAGGAUUGGGCUGGGGAGGCAUCUCAGUUGUAGAUUGCUUACCUAGCAAUCAAUGCACAACAACCUGGGUUCCCUCCCACAUGCUUAAAAAAAUGUCCUAUGUGACUCUAGAUUCUCCAGAUUUUGCUGUGUAUGCUGUGCCACAAAGGAGCACAGUCCCAGAGCUUAGUUUCUAGCAGCUGCCCCUCAUCCCCAUGCUCCAUUUGGACCACCCAAGCCUUCCAGAGUUUGGUAGAAGUGAAAAGAGAGGUGGACAGCUUCCUCACUCAACCUUCCGAAAGAAUAUAUCUCCUGGAGGGAGACUUCACCCUCUAGGUCAUGGUUAUCAACCUGCCUAUAUGAGAUGAAGAGCCCACUAGGGAGGGGUAUUGUUGACAAGUUUUCAUUAAGAAUUAUCAACAGUGCCAGAAUUGGUCAAGGAGUCAGUGACUCAUAUUUCAGUGAAUUAGGGACAUGCACAAAUGUUUGCACUCAGUAGUGCUUUCUUUUUCUGGGAGACAAGUGGGUCACAGCUGGUGUCCUGGAAGUAGCAUCUAAUACAGGGUGUGCAAAAAGACACCAUCUGUCCUGUGGCAUGGCAGGAAAACGAAACCCCAUGAACCACCGGUCUAAAUUAGGCUGAGUCACAAGUUCUCAGCCCCUCCCUCAUCAGAAUCUGUCUUCCCAAGGCUGAACUAAUCUUAAACCAGAGGAACAAUCCCAAGGCCCAAUGGAGGUGCCCAAAGAAUGUUCCCAAAGCAGAGCUCUCUCACCUAUGGUCUCUGGUCCUAACUUCCCCACAAAGGACCACUGUGAAGCAUCUGGGACCUGGGCCACUUGCCCAAGGCAGUUCAUGUUGUUUUUCAUACCAUCGGGCACCAUCAGGGACUUGAUAGAUGUUUUGUUUUGAAAGUAUCUUUCUGGACUUACUUCAGAGCUCUGUGGCUUCUUUGCCAGGGUUAAAAUGAGAAUGGAAAAGACAAGAGAAGGAACAGGAAUGGUUUAACUGUAUGAUUUGCUUGUUUUAAGAGAGACCAAAACUUCUAUGACUUGCUGAAUCAGCUGGAGCCUUUGAACCCUGCACGAUCUAGGCAGGCAAAGUCCAGGGAAGAAUUCUGUCACAUGGACUGAGUAACACACUGAGGAUGGAAUGAUAAACCUGGUUGUUUUGGUGUUCUUAGAAAUCCAAUCACAUUCCCAUGCCCAGAUUUCCUUUCCUGCCGCCCAGGUUUUGAUGUUCUAACUGUUUCUCAGUACUGAGCAACACCUGUUGAAGGCUGGAGGCAAGAGUGGGGAGAGGGGAGAACUGAGGACAAGUACUUGAUGUAGUUGUGUGGAAUAAACAGUAUUUUUUCUUUUGUA